UUAACUAAAUCCGGAGUUAAGUUUUUUCAUUUGUCAUUGAAUCCACGCCGUGUUUUACGGAUUCUUAACAGGAACAUGGGAAAGGAAGAGGAACUGUUAAAAAUAGUUCACAACAACGAUGAGAAAAAACUACAGAAACUACUACUUCCCGAAAAAGAAUUCCAGAUCCGGAAGGUGGAUGUACCUACUUCCGGUACCUUGGGAGGUCGGAUUCGGAUGCAGGUUGUCCACGUGGACAUAAACUGCCGGGAAAACGACACCGGAUAUACGCCACUUAUAAUCUCCGUCCUAAAUGGCAAUAAAGAAAUCAUGGAAACCUUGCUUUUCUACUCUGCCAAUGUCAAUCUUGCCGACAGUAAAGGAAAUAGCCCUCUGCACUUAGCUGCAUUUAUGGGAAGACUAGAUAUUGUUUACUUACUCUUGCGUCACGGUGCUAAGGUGAACACUCAAAACAGUGACGGCAAUACGCCAAUGCAUGUGAUUUGUCAAAGUCGAGCAGACGACAGUGUUCAACUCAUGUCAACCUUAUCAAAAGCAGGUGCUGAUUCUACCCUGCAGAACAAAAAAGGGGAACUACCGCUAGACGUAGCAGCCAUGUACAACAGGAAAGAGCUUGUGUCCUGUCUGAUGGAUGGUGAAACAAGAAUGGCCGGAAAUACGUCGGCCAUUAUUGAGGCCGCCAUUAGAGGCCAUUCCGAGAUAGUGCGCCUGCUGCUGGAUUUUGGAGUCAAUCCGAAUUGCCUCAACAGGGAACGUAAUACAUGCGCCCUACACGAGGCAACUCGUUUUCUAAGAAUAAAAGCAGCCGAAGAACUAUUAAAGUACGGAGCCGACCCAGACAAGGAAACCUCCAACCACGAGACUCCUUACAACAUAGCAUCACAACUUCCCCCAGUGAAAUCCAAAGAAUUCCUCCAACUGUUUGAUGAAUACAAGACCAAAGGACAAACAGAAAUGCCAAAAUUUGUGAUGGUGUCCUCCAGAAAACCUAGUGUAGAUGUUAAAGACUACCCCCUCAUUGAUACCGACCCGUCCUGGACGAAGAAUAGUCCCGACUACUGCAACGCCUGCACGGCAAACAAUCCCAACACCAACUUACUGGACGGAAACCUCCGUACGUUCUGGGUCAUACCGGCCAUCACAGAAGCUUGGACCGUCUUUGAUCUUCACAGUAUUCACACCUUGACCGGUGUAUUUAUUUACGGAUGGUCAAAUCCCCAGAUGGUGAAAACAUUUGAGUUACAAACAGCAGGUGAUAUCAGGGGACCUUGGACAACUGUUGGUGUUUUCACGUGUUCUCUAAAAGGAAGUCAAAAUGCUAAAGAUCCAGGAGUUCCUCAGAAGUUUACUGGCUUUACAUCAAAAUCUCAAUUUUGGAGAAUGAACAUUAAAUCGAACCAUGGCGGCCAAUGCACGUGUUUUCAGGCCGUGGAGUUCAAUGGCACCGACCACCGCAUUAUAGAGUUAUUCGAACAACUAAACCUACAGAAAUACUCAGAUUCUGUGAUAAAGUCUGGAUAUAACAAUUAUCGAAAAUUUCUUCUAAUAGAGGAAGCAAUUCUACGUAAUCUGAUAACAGAUGAAAAUGAUUUCGAUAAAAUAUUCCAAGAAAUGAAAAAGUCAAGGAAGAAAGAAUUUUCAUUGACAACAUUGAAAUGGGAAAAACUACCGGUCAGAUGUCUGGACGUUGGAGAGACGCUACCAAGUAUUGUUGUCAAGGCUGACACUGGUUGUACUGAACUCGUAGAAGUCUUCGUCAAAGAUAGUAAGGCUGAACUAAAUGGAGAGGCACGGGUUCGGCUGUGUUCGAAUGGAAACUCUUCUCCCCAGUAUUCCACGGCUGUAUUCAAAGACAUGUCAUUUAAUUCCGUUGGAACAUACACGGUUUGUGUGAAGGGAGUAGAACACCCGGAUGUUAGUAUCUCCUGUCCUCACACAUUAGAAAUUAAGCCAAAAAAUAAAUUAACAAAAGAAGUGGAGAAAUCUUUUCAGGAUAUUGAAAGCAUGUUGGAGGGUCUACAGGAUUUAUGACCCACCAGACAAUACGACAAACGAGUUCUGCCUAAUUAACUACCUACUAGCAUAUAACUGAUAAAGUAUUUAAAUUACUUUUGUCAUAUCAUGAAUAUUCAUACAUGAUAUCUAAGGUAAACGUUAACUUUGAUUUCAGUUGCCAAGUCAUGAACUCAAGAAAUAUAAUUAUAACAAAACGACAUUAGGCCUACAGCUGUUUUGAGUGUUUCACCUUUAUCGAUAGCGUUACCUCGGUAUGAAAGCAUGUGAACUUGUCCGAAAAUCGGAUACAAUUUUCUUUAAACUGUGAGACAUAUGUUCUAAACAGGUUGUGCAAUGAAUUAUUCAUCAUUUUUGUCAACAUAUUUCAUUCAUGAAUUGUUUCUUUAUGAGUUCAUUUGCGAAUAUACAUAAUUGAAUUCAUAUGAUACCAAAUUGGAAAUUAACAUUUUAUUAAUGGUAUAAAUCACAUACUGUUGUGAUCCAAUGUGUGCGUAUUCGUUGAUUGACAUACAAUAAAAGAUAAUAAUGGCU